AGUUGGUUGGCCGGACGAUGUUCGUCUGUCGGAUACAUCGCCGAACCCGAGACGCCAUCAGCUGAACGCCCGUUCGGACCGAGACACAUCCAUCGGCCGGGCAUACCAACCGAGCCGAGGAGGGACAUCAACAGGGCCAAGAGAGCGUAUCGACUCGGCAGCGCACCCAUCGACAGAGCAGCGACAGUCCAGCCAUUGCCGGCUGCACCACCAUCCACCACCAUCCACCACCAUCCACCAUGUCGUCCUUCCGCCUCAUCAAAUCGUGGAUCGGCAACGCUGCUCGCCAGAUCCUCUUCGAGUCGCCCAUUGGGUACUUCUACACGACGGCCCAGGCCGGUGCAAAGCCUCCUCACACCGUCGUCGGCGACGCAGCCAUUCACACCGCCGGUCCCUUCAAGAUCAUCCCUGUCCCCUAUUUCGAAGACAACUAUGGCUAUCUUGUUGUGGACACGGAGAAAGAGGAAGCUGCCAUCAUCGAUCCUGCGGAUCCCGCUGCCAUCAUGCAGGCGCUUCGUGUGUACGCCCCGACUGCCAGCGUUGCCGCCUUCCUUACCACCCACAAGCACUGGGACCACAGCGGCGGUAACGCCGCCCUCAAGCAAACAUUUCCGAGCGCAAAGUUUUACGGCAGCCAUGUCGACUUCACCCAGGGGCCCGUAUCGUACAACUCGUUCUAUUGUAUCGAUUCGCCUCUACAUGGCGGAGAUCGAUUCAAGGUUGGCCGCAUGGCUUUCACUGCGCUCUCUACGCCCUACCAUACCAAGGGAAGUCUCGUGUAUCUCUUCGACCCAGCCCUAUCCAAUCCAGCCGCCAACAUGCCAGCAUCGGUCUUCACUGGCGAUACACUGUUUGUCGGAGGAGUUGGCCGUUUCUUCGAAGGCACAGGCGUCGAUAUGGCGCGAAUCCAGUCUCUACUCAGGGCCGAACUCAAUCCCUCGACGUUAGUGUGGCCCGGCCAUGAGUACACUCACUCCAAUCUGGUGUUUGCACACUGGAUCAAUCCGUCGAGUGAAUCUGUCAAGUCGAAGCUCGAAUCUGCAAAUAACUGCAAGGCCAGCAACACCCCGACCAUUCCCUCCACCGUGGCUGAGGAAUUCAGCCACAAUCCUUUCCUAGUCGUUUCGGGCUCGACAGCUGACAGCUGGGAGAUCCAAGCAAGAAUCCAGAGCACCGUAUCGCAUCAGGAUCGAGAGGCCGUCGAGUCUGAAUGCCGACAGCAGCUCCAAGCCGAAGGUGGUGGGGACUCGGAGGAGCUCCUGGCACGAGCCAUCUUGACGGGCUGCUUGCGCAGGUUGAAGGACCAGUUCAAGCCACCUGUGUCCUCAGCGGGACUAGACCCUAAACUUUGACGGACCAACAUUGGCUUGAUCACGGCCAAUAAUGCUCUGGCAGGACGAAUGGUGCUGGUUGUGCACGGACGGACGGUGCUGAUGUGCAUGGCAGUGUGGGAAGAAUCGCCGCCAAAGCAAAAUACAGAUAUCCGUUUCGUAGGGAGAGGCCA